AAUGGACUUUAGAAACACACCCAAAUCUCAUUUACAAUAUAGCAAAGAGGCUGAAUAUACAAGUCGAAAGCUUCGAAAUUGCGAAGGCUCUGAAAUUGUUCCCAGUACUCACAGAGAUCCUACAUCAAUUCAUCAAUGGCCGAAGCAACAAAGAGAUAUGCAGUUGUUACAGGAGCAAACAAAGGGAUUGGGUUAGAAACUGUCAGGCAAUUGGCCUCAAACGGAAUCACUGUAGUCUUAACUGCUAGAGAUGAAAAGAGGGGUCUUGAAGCUUUUGAUAAACUCAAAGAGUCUGGCCUCUCUGGUGAAGUGGUUUUUCAUCAACUUGAUGUGGCUGACCCUGCAAGCGUUGCUUCUUUGGCAGAUUUCAUCAAAACCCAGUUUGGGAAACUCGAUAUCUUGGUGAACAAUGCAGGGAUUGGUGGAGUCAUACUAGAUGCUGAUGCUUUUAAAGCUUCGGAAAAUUCUGGUGGUGGGGAAGGAGCAAACAUUGAUUGGACUUGGACUAAAUUUCUGACUGAAACGUACCCGUUAACAGAAGAAUGCUUGCAAAUAAAUUACUAUGGUACUACAAGAACAGCUGAAGCACUUAUUCCACUCCUCCAGUUAUCCGAUUCACCAAGAAUUGUUAACGUUUCUUCCUCCUCAGGGAAGUUAGCGAACAUACCAAGUGAUUGGGUUAAAGGCGUUUUUAGUGAUUCUGAAUACCUAACAGAAGAGAGAGUAGAUGAGGUAUUGACACAGCUACUAAAAGACUUCAAGGAGGGUUCCAUUGAAAGCAAGGGCUGGUCUGUUUUUCCUGCAUAUAGAGUCUCAAAAGCGGCAAUAAAUGCAUAUACAAGGAUUCUAGCCAAGAAAUACCCCAACUUCCGCAUCAAUUCUGUCUGCCCCGGCUAUGUCAAGACAGAUAUAAACUUCAAUACCGGCAUCUUGUCCGUUGCAGAAGGUGCUGCAAGUGUUCUGAAGUUAGCAUUGCUGCCCAGUGAUGGCCCUUCUGGCCUCUUCUUUGUUCGGUCUGAAGUUAUUUAUUUAUUUAGUUUAAGCAGGAAAGAGGUACCAUACCUAUUGCUUACCCUGAUGGAUUUAAGCUUCAUAAUUCAUAAAUAUCUCAAGCUCUUGUUCACAUUAACACCCUUAUUUCAUUAAUUUGUAGUGUGAAUUUCUUUUCUUUUUUUUCUUUUUUUCAGGUAUGCAGUUGUUAGAGGUUCAAAUAAGGGAGUUGGAUUUGGAAUAGUUAGGCAGCUGGCUUCAAAUGGGGUCAUGACAGUGUUAACCGCUAGAGAUGAGAAGAAGGGUAUUGAAGCUGUUGAAAAAUUAAAAGAGUGUGGCCUCUCAGACCUUGUGGUUUUUCAUCUGCUUGAUGUCACAGACCCUUCUAGCAUUGCUUCCCUGGCAGAUUUUGUCACAACCCAGUUUGGGAAACUAGACAUCUUGGUAAACAAUGCAGGGGUUAAUGGAACCAUUAUGGACCCUGAAGCUCUCAGAGCUGCUGCAGUCAACUGGAGUGAAAUGUUGGCUCAGACAUAUGAGUUAGCUGAAGAAUGCAUUAAAACAAACUACUAUGGUACCAAGAAAAUGACCAAAGCAUUUGUUCCUCUCCUCCAGCUAUCCGAGUCACCAAGAGUUGUCAAUAUUUCUUCUGGCCGGGGGAGGUUAAAGCUUAUACCAAAUGAAUGGGCCAAAGGGGUGUUGAAUGAUGCUGAGAAACUUACAGAAGAGAGAAUAGAAGAGGUUUUGAAUGAGUUUCUAAGAGAUUUCAAAGAAGAUAUGCUGGAAAACAAAUGCUGGCCUCCAGCCCUCUCUGCGUAUAUACUCUCAAAAGCAGCCUUGAAUGCAUACACUAGAAUUGUGGCCAAGAAGUACCCAAAUUUUUGUGUCAAUUGCAUCUGCCCUGGAUUUGUCAAAACAGACAUGACCUUCAAUGCUGGCAUCUUUACCGUUGACGAAGCUGCUGAAAAUGUUGUGCGCUUAGCAGUAUUUCCAAGUGGCAUUCCUUCUGGCCUCUUCUUCUUUUCUCAAGAAUCUUUUUAUUUCAGGUAUGCAGUUGUUACAGGUUCAAAUCAGGGGAUUGGAUUUGGAACAGUUAGGAAGUUGGCUUCAAAUGGGAUCAUGGUGGUGUUAACUGCUUUAGAUGACAAAAUGGGUGUUGAAGCUAUUGAAAAAUCGAAAGAGUGUGGCCUCUCUGACCUGGUGGUUUUUCAUCAACUUGAUGUAACAAACACUGCUAGCAUUGCUUCCCUUGCAGAUUUUGUCAAAACCCAAUUUGGGAAACUAGAUAUCUUGGUAAAUAAUGCAGGGGUUAGUGGAACCAUUACAGACCCUGAAGCUAUGAGAGCUGCUGCAGAUGGUGUAGGAGUAAAUUGGAGUGAAAUAAUGACUCAAACGUAUGAGUUAGCUGAAGUAUGUGUGAAAACAAACUACUAUGGUGCCAAGAAAAUGACCAAAGCACUCCUUCCUCUCCUCCAGCUAUCUGAUUCACCAAGAGUUGUCAGUCUUUCUUCCAGCAUGGGAUCGUUAAAGCAUAUACCAAAUGAAUGGGCCAAAGGGAUGUUAAGUGAUGCUGAGAAACUUACAGAAGAGAGAAUAGAUGUUGUUUUGAAUGAGUUUCUCAAAGACUUCAAAGAAGAUAUUCUGGAAACCAACGGCUGGCCUACUUCCAUCUCUGCCUAUAUACUCUCGAAAGCAGCCGUGAACGCGUUCACUAGAAUGAUGGCCAAGAAAUACCCAAACAUCUGCAUCAAUAGUGUAGACCCUGGAUUUGUCAAAACAGAUAUCAACUUCAAUACUGGCAUGUUAACCAUUGAUGAAGGUGCUGAGAGUGUUGUGAGGUUAGCUAUGGUUCCAAAUGGCAGCCCUUCUGGCCUCUACUUCUAUUUACAACAAGUCUCACCCUUUUGAGCAUAACAAACCCUUUUCAAUUUCAUGAAAUAAUGAUCAUCUUCUUUUUAAAUUGCCAUAUUUAUCUUCGUGUGGUGUAACAACAAUUUCUCAAACUCUUGUGUCUCUGUGCUUAUAUCCAGAUAUUG